UGGCGCCUGUCUUCAAUAGCUUCCGACUUCCCCGUCUUUCACCAAAUAUCGUCUCACCCCACGGGCUGUCAUUCCUUUUGCGUCGUCCGCCCAUUGUCGCCCUCUUCGUCCCACUCGGCGCGCAUCCAACUCGUUUCCAUACAUUUCCUGUAGUUUCACUUCGCUCGUGCGAGCCUGUUGAUCGUUUGCCGCAUUCUCAACCACCGAACCUCAAUUAAUGGACCUGAUUGGCUCGCGAGUGGGAAAUCGAGCUCUUGUGGUGAACUUUGGAUGAACUGGGUUCUGUGAUCGCAGCAACUGGACGGACCUUGGGUACAAGCGACCAUGGCCACCCGGCCCAAGUUUGGUGAAAUCCGCUCUCCCUCUCAUGACACCCUCCGCAGCGGGGCGCCCUCCCCGCGCAUUGAGCACUACGAUGGUGAAAUUCCUCCCGCGCUCUCCCCGCUGGAUGCCUUUGCCGCCCAGGGCCGCCUUCUGGCCCGCCAAUUGGAGGAAUCCGCCCGAAGAAACCGUCGCAUGAGCAGACUGCCUCCAUCGAGCGUGGCACGUUCUCUUUCACAGCCUCGACCAGGCUAUUUCCGUUCGGCCUCGACUAGCGAUGCUCGUGGAGGGAGACGCAAUGAGCUAUCGAGACAGCCGACGCAGAAGAUGAGCCCCGAGGUAGAGGAGCCCAAGUUUCGCCCACAGUCUGAGCAUCCGCGGCUCAGUGCCAUCUCACACCUGUCGAGUGAAGUAGCGGAGGAAGCUGAGGCGCAACAAGCAGAACACGAGGAACCGGAAGAAGAGCAGGAUGAUGAUGCCACUCCAAGGAAGGAAUCGACCGCCGAUGUUUUUGACUUGCCCCGCUCCGAAUCGCCCGACAAUCUCUCCCUCCACAGUGCCCCUGAGGGGCCCCGUCGCUUCUAUUCCAUUGCCCCCUCCCGUGCUCCUUCUGCGGGCCCUACGCCUCCGGCCGGGGUUGUUCUCUCGCCUCCGUCUCGGACUUCGUCUACUGAUUCAGCCUCUCACCUGAACAUCCCAUCGCGUGGACUAGCCCCGCCAGCCUCUCCUCUGUCUCGGCCAUCGAGCAGUUCCCGAGGCGGUCUAUUUGAGAGCUCCGAUGAUGACUACAGCAGCUCAAAUGCAGGUUCGACGUUCUCGAAGCCACGGAAAAUGUCCUCCAGCAGCGCGAUGUCUAUGCCUUACUCGCCCAUGUCCAACGUCCAAAUUCGGUCGCAUCCUCGAUCUCCAUCCAUGAGCUCGGAAACAUCCAACUACGGGGGUCUGGCCCGCCCUUCGUAUAAUUUUUCCCGACCAUUGAGCCGAUCGGGCACGAGUUUGUCAGCCCCAGGACCGGUGUGUUCGUCGGAUGGCAUACAGAAUACCAUCAACCGUGGACACAAGCCCAGUCCUAUCGUGGUGCCAUCUCCAUCGGAUCUGGCCUUACAUCCGCACGAGGAUCCCUCCUCAGCUGUGUCUUCGUACGUUCACGCCAAGUACGCUCUGCCUCGAGGGCGCGCCGUCUGUCGGGACUCGGUUGUCUUCUCGGGUCUGCAAACCCCUCACUUCGAAUGGCAAGAACCGCUGUUCGAGAGUCCCGACCGUCAGGCUGCUGCGGAGUCCUCCCGAUCUCGGCGGACCCCGUCACCGGCGCCCUCAGGAAAAGAGUCGGUGAUUUCCAAGUCUCGCUCACUGCACGAAUCUCCCAGCUCGUCUCGAAGACUUCUAACACCGGAGCCGCCGCUACCACAAGCGACACCUCUUUCGCCGAGCAAUCAUCCAGUUGCCCCCGGGCGGACAUCCAUCGAGUCUGCUCCUGUAGAAUCUGCACCAUCGGAGCCAGCAGUGAGCAAACCCGCACCAUCAACGCAGCCGGAACCCAAGCCAGCUAGGAAUGAGAGUGCCGAAACUACGUCUUCUGCUAGCCCCGAGUCCACUGUUCGCCCUCAGACGGCCAGGACGCAGACAACAUCAGCGCCGAUCACGGCGGACGAGCAUGUGACCAAAGGAAUCGAAUGCCAUGAGAAAGGAUCUCUCAACGAGUCCACGUACCACCUUCGCAUUGCCGCCAAGCAGAAUCAUCCCACUGGGAUGUUGCUGUAUGCGUUAGCAUGCCGCCAUGGCUGGGGCAUGCGACCAAAUCAGCAAGAGGGCGUGCGGUGGUUGCGCAAGGCUGUGGACUCCGUUGGAUUGGAGCUCAUGGAUGACUCUAACCCGUCGGUUCCUGUCCGCAUGAGGGAACUUCAGAAGGCUUAUCGAGCCCAAUUCGCGCUCAGCAUUUACGAGCUGGGGGUGAGCCAUCUAAAUGGUUGGGGAAUUGAACAAGACAAAUCCUUAGCUUUACGUUGCUUCGAGAUCGCGGGUCAAUGGGGAGACGGCGAUGCACUCGCAGAGGCUGGGUUCUGUUAUGCCGAAGGCAUCGGCUGUAAGAAGGACUUGAAAAAAGCUGCCCGGUUCUAUCGUCAGGCGGAAGCAAAGGGCAUUAACAUGGUCGGAAAUAGCUGGAUUUACAAGGACAAAUAUAUGUCCGAGGAUAACUCCAAUACCAGUUCGCGCGGUCGUGGCCGCAGUCAGCGAUCUGCUAAUACCCCCGAUAAGAAAAGCCGCAGCAAAUCCCGCACUCGCAGUCUCUUUCACCGAAAGAAGUCGGUUGCUGCUGAAGCCUGAAGUUCCCGCUUGCCUUUUAUGCUUUCCAGAUGAAAGCGUUCAGCAAUUUCGUCAGUCGAUUCAGCAGCAGAAAAGCCGUGUUCUGCUUUUUCAGUCCGCUCGUAUUUAUCGUGGACAUGCUUGCACAAU